AUGACAACGAGUCCCCGCCUCGCGCACAGCUGCUGCUCGGGCGGGACCCAGGCUGGACCGCGGGCCCCGGCCUGGGGGCCACAGCUGCCACCGCUGCCGCCAUCUCGUCUCCUCCCCAUCCCCGCCCCGCCCCGCGUCUCCUCGCCUCACUCGGGCCUGAGGCCGGGGUCCUUCCCCGCCGCCCCAUCCCGCGCGGAUGCCGAAGGUGAAGGCGCUGCAAUGCGCCCUGGCGCUGGAGAUCCGCUCUGUAACUUGUCCAGGAGUGGUGCUAAAAGACCAGGAGGAUAUCUAUCUUAGCAUCUGUGUGUUUGGCCAAUACAAAAAGACACAAUGUGUCCCAGCCACUUUCCCACUGGUCUUCAAUGCCAGAAUGGUGUUUGAAAGGGUGUUCCCUGAAGCAGUAGACCCUGGAGAUGUGGUUGCCCAGCUUGAAUAUGAUACAGCAUUGUUUGAGUUGAUUCAGCUAGUUCCACCAGUGGGUGAAACACUGUCUACAUAUGAUGAAAACACACGAGAUUUUAUGUUCCCGGGUCCUAACCAAAUCUCUGGACACCAUGAUUCAAACCGCCAGGUUACCAUGAGGAGGAUUUCUGGCCUUCGAGGAAUUGCUCCAAAGAUGGAAUUUUCUACAACCUCAGUGAUUACUGAAUGUCUGAUAAGUUCAAGGAAGUGCCGCGCUCAGGAUAAAUAUAUUUACCAUACUGCUCCAGUUGAAAAAUCACACAGCAAACUGCAAAGCAGAACAUCAAGAUCACAGAAGAAAAAGUCCAAGUCACCUGAGAGAAGUAAAUAUUGCGUAAAUGCAAAAAGCUACGAACAGCCUACGAUUUCUUCAAAAUCACACUCUCCAUCUCCCUACACAAAAAGACGCAUGUGUGAGCUAUCUGAAGACACCAGGCGGCGGCUGGCCCAUUUAAAUCUGGGACCCUAUGAAUUCAAAAGAGAAACAGACAGACCUCCGUUUGUGAUUAGACAUGUUGAUCCCCCAAGUCCCAGGGCUGAUACUUUAUUUGGAUCUUCUGGCAGAGACUGUGAAAGAGAUGGAUGGUCCAGGAUACACAAUGAUCAUUCUCAUCUUGGCUGCUACCGACCCAAGGAUUAUAAGCAGGUUACCAGGACAUCCCAUGGGAGAGACUUCGAUGACUCUUUGGAAAGGUGUAAUGAGUGUUUGAGCCCAAGGUCAUGUAGCAAGGACCAGCAUUCAGCCAGGACCUUACUAGUGCAUUCAGCACCCUCAACAGCACCAAAGCAUUCUCCAAGUCCUGUGCUAAAUCGAGCUUCUCUCAGGGAAAGAUUCCAUUCUGAUUGGUGUUCAUCUUCAAACUGCGAUGAGAUCCAUGAUCGGGUAAAACAUGUCUUGAAAUCACAUCAGGCUCAUCAAAGACAUUUAUAUGAUGAGAGAGACCCAGAGAAAGAAGAAGAACUGGAACUGAAAAGAGGUCUUUUAUACAGAGACUCUGCCUAUGACAGUGACCCCGAGUACAGCUCAUUUCAGCAGCCACAUGGCACUCUCCAUUUGGAUGAUGGCGAAUACUGGUCCAACAGGACAGCCUCUUAUAAAGGAAAAUCCCACCGACCCAUCUUUGAGAACAGCAUGGACAAGCUAUACAGGAACUUAUACAAAAAGGCCUGUGGUUCUGUUUCUCAUACACAGGAAAGCUUCUAACACCAUCCACGAUAAACUGUAUGAGAUUUUUUGUCAACCUCUCAAUGAAAACAUUUGACGUGAUCAAUAUCUGUAUUCCUUUUUUUUAAAAAAAAACAGGUGGUUCUAAUUGAGUACAAUAGUUAGACUUGAGUAAGUUUGUUACUUCAAACAGUAAUAAAUUAUCAUAGGCAAGCUUUUUUUUAAUCACAGAAGAGAGUGCUAUGUUCCAAAAGUCAAAGCUCUGUAACAUAGUCACAACGUCCCAUGUGACCAUGAGAAGGAUGUUCUGUCACGUGUGUCUCAUAUCACCAUCUACAAAUCCAAGAAUAGAUUCUCUCCAGAAAUGUUCUUCUGCCUUAAUCACCCAUAAUUUUCUUUUCAUAUACUUGACCGGUUAUCUUGUCUGAGUAAGAUUUAAUUAAUAUUAACUCCCUUUUCUUGGUAAUGAGCAAAGAGAUAUACUGUACAGAAAUGAAUUUCCCAAGACUUUAAACCCCGUUUUAACUGGUAUUUUUACAUUUUUCUCCUCAGAAAAGGCUAUUUAUAAUUCUAAGCACAUAAGAAAUAGCUUUCUUUUUAAAGAUUAUAUAAAUCAUUUACUCCCUCUUCUCUAAAAGAAAUACCUAAGUCACCUAAAAUGCAUAACAGUUAGCUAGAAAUAGCAGUAGCCAGUAUAAUCCAAAAUGUGAAUAACUUAUUUUUAAAGAUAGAAUGCUUUGCCUGAUUUUUUUCUAGGGCCAUAUCUUUUGGUGCAAACAGAAUCAGAAAAUAGCCUUUGUUAGUAAGUGUAUAGAGACUCAAAGAACAAGGGAAUUACAUUGUAAUUUAUUUAGAGUUUUCUUAGGUACCAAAUGGUCCCCGAAACGUAAUAUCCUCACUUUAAAGACCACUUGGAACCAUAGAGGGGAAUAAAAUAUAGCAGAACUUUUUGUGGUAGGCACUGGAAAGUUUGCUGGUUGAUAAAAUUAGCUCCUUCCCCACCCCCUAUACACACACCUUUGAGGCCACUAAAACUUUAAAGAUUCGAAGAAAUCAGUUACCUCACAUUCACCAGAGGGUGAGUAGAAGGAAAACAGAGAAUAGGAAAUAAGAAAACUUAGCUUAUAAGCUUGAAGAGUUGACUACAAGAUAAUGUUUCCGCAUUGACUGCAUCUUUGAUUAAUUCUAUGAUUUAAAAAGAAAAAAAAAUGGACUUGAACUACAUUUAAAUUGAAAUUAACUUAUAAAAGUGGGUGACUUAUUUUUGUAUUAGAAAAUAUUUUAAUACUUGCAAUCUGAUAAUAGGACUUUUUAACUUCAUGUUAAGAGUGUUUUAGUAUGGCAAUCUGACAUAGCAGAAAAAUGCAUCAGAGAUCAGAGCCAGGAAUCCUGGGCUCUACUCCCAUCUCUGCCAUUUUCUAGCUGAGUCUCUUUAAUUCUCUGGUCCUUAGUUUCCAUCAGCUAUGAAAUGAAGAGACUGGAUUGGAUCAGCAUUUCCCAAACCACAUUCUGUGGACCACUGUUCUAGGAGAUGGUUGUAGAACUGUAAAUGCAAGUAUUUUAUUGUUCAUAUUAGUUUCAGAAAAUCGGUGCACGAUAUUCACCCUCCCCCGCCCCCCAUUUACAGAGUCAUAGGAUGACAGGAGUGAAGGGGGUGCUAUUAACGCUGAAACGACAGUUGUAAACUGGGACUGUCCCGGAAAAACUAAGACAUAUAGUCUUAGCAAACACUAGCAUGUUAGAGCCUCUAAAAAUAUCCUGGUAUAAACCUGUUCUGCUGUAGCAUCUAGUAGAGAGUCUGGCACUAGGGGGUGCUCAUUAAAUAUUUGUCGACGUAACCCAGAAUUUCCUAAAUGAAAUUGAGCAAGUAGCAAUAUUUGUUGUUACGGCCAUCUUCCCCUCCCGUUCUGUCUCCCUCAACCUCCCACACUCCCUCUCAAAUGUCAUCUUCAGGUGCACAUGGAUACCAGUUGGGGAAAUGCUAGACUACACAAUCACUGAGUUACCGCUGGCUGUAGGUUAUAUAAUGACGUUUUGUACAAUAAGCUUUUGAAGGUCAACAUUGAAAACUGCUUUUAAAAAAAAUGCAUCCUCAGUGAAACUUAGUAUUUGGGGUGUGCAUGUCGACAAAUGAAAAACUCCACUUAAAAGUUACUGCUUGGUGAAAAGAACAAAUACGAACUUCAAAAAAAUGUUUUGCUACCAUAGGAAAUCUCUCGAGUGAAUAGUACCACAAAAUUACUUAUUGUAUCUAUACCUGCCACUGGCUAUGACAAAGGCCACAAAAAAAUGGGUGUCAAAGGGGGACUUCAGAAAGUGAUAUCCUGAAAAACAUUGUCCUGUGGAUUAAAUCUGACAUCUCUCUGAAGGAUCAGGUGCACAUUUUCAGAUAUGUAGUACGUUUGCUUAGUGUCUGAUUGUUUUCAUUCCCUUGGAGAAAAAAUGGUUUCUGUUUCUGUCUGUAAUUAUUCCUGUGAAUUCUUGUGUUGUAUUAUCUUUAAAGAGUGAAACCUUUAACUAUAUUAAUAGUUGUCUUUUCUCAUUUGAUAGAAGCAAUUAUUUAUUCUCUUAGCCUUUUUUUCCCUAUAUUUCCCACAAUCUUGUAAUAGUUAUUGGACUUAAUAUGAGAGAUGCAUAGGCCUUCUUCCUUAUAAUAUAUUUUUCUUUAAAAUAAAAAAGGGGGGGAUUUUACAAAGGAAAAUGUUAAUUCAACUAAGAAAAAAACUGAAUCAUUGAACUGAAAGUGAGUUUUCCCUGGUUCUACUACUGUUUAUAUAACCUCAUUAAGUCAUUUAUCCUUCUUGGAGCUCAGCUUUCUUAUCUACAAGAUCAUGAAGAGGUUAAUUUAGAAUAAUUUUUAAAUGUUCCAACAUUUCUAUUACUGUAUAAUUGAUUAACAUGGGAGACCAGGAAGUUCUGGGAAGCAGAGUUGUGUUGAACAUUUGUGUACAAGUCUUUACGAGGAUAUAGAUAUUCAAGAAAAUGCAUUUUGCUAUAUUUCUAUGGAUCACCUCCACCAAAGUACUGAACAUGAGUAAGUGAUAUAAAUCAGGGUUCCUGAACUCAAGAAGCUUACCUUGACUAUUGAUGGAAGGUCAGAGAAGUGAACACUUAUAUCUAUACUAUAGAUUUCCUCGUUUUCACUCUGUCAUAUUCAGUGUAGGCUCUUCUACACAGAAUAUAUUUCUUCACCUUUGUAGCCCCAGCACCACAAUCUGGGCAUAUCUUUAUUUUAGCACUUAGCAAAACUGAAUUAUCAAUGACUUUCUUAAGUGUCUUUCUCUAUUGGUCUAAGGCCUUGUUUACCUCUGCUUUCGUGGCACACAGUAGACAUACAAUGUUUGUUGAAUUACUGCAUGAAAGAAAAAAUAUGUGAAGGGCCACUAAAAACAAUGCAAAACCUAAAUCUAUCUGAAUAUAAGAAAUAAGAUGCCCUGACAAGUCUGUUAUUAUCAGCUAAUCUAUCUCUAUCUGUAGCCAAAGAGAUAAAAAUGGAAAAGAUAAGAGAAAAAUCUUAAUUGUACCAUGGUCCUCAAGAAGGAAGGUAUCGGUCCUCAGUUGAAAGAGUAUUUCUGUAGUGAAAUCUCUUUUAAAAGAGUACUUUUUAAAUUAAGAAAAAAGUCAUAAUAUGACGGCCUUUGUUUUCUGUUUCUUGGCUAACCAACUAAGAUAUACAGUGUUCAGGUGACUAGAGCCAGCUCCUGAACUGCUACUGCAAAGGGUGAUAAGUAUCCGGUGAGGCAAUGGACCAAGAAAGCAAUUGUCUGCAAUUGUUUACGCACCUUAUAUUCCAAUGCAGUUUAAAUCCCUUCUAUGAAAUGCAAAUUUCUUGGUUUCCAAGAUGAGCCUUAAAUAUUUUCUUUCCCAAUGUCUUAUCUUUUGUCAUUCACAAAGCAGUGCAUUUUUGACUAAAGGAUUGAAUAAUUCUCUAUCUUCUAGCAUUCAGAUGUAACCAACCUAUUUAAUCUAGAAACCACUGCUCUCUUGAUUAAUUAAGAAUUAGUAUGAUAAGUAAGGUAUUAUGUGAAUAUUUAAACAAAACUGUCUCAAUGAAAUGCAGUCUUUUUUUCUUUUUUAUUAAUAUCUUAAAUCUCAGUAUGUUGCAUUCAAGCUAUGAUAAUUCGCAUAAAUGAGCCUGAUGGAAGAGAAUGUAUUCAGCUCUAAAUUUGUAUAGUAUAUGAAUAUUUGCAGGUUUUUUGAGGGGGCAUGGUGUUUUUUGUUGUUUUCCUUCCCAUCCCCACCAAAUGUCAUCUUUAAAGUUUUUGAAACAAGGGAAUUAAAGUAGUAAUUAUUAAGGACCAUUGUUUGUGCUUGGUCAUUUACAUACAUUAACUUAUUUGAUCUU